ACUUGACUGAUGGUCUACGCGACGUACAAUAAAAUCAUAUUGUAGAAAAUUUGAAGUUUGUUGUUUUGGUGACAACAUAUCCAUAUUUAUUUAUGAAAAAUUCACACUGAAUGCAAUUCCAGGUGCGAAACAGAAUCAUUCUGUGAUUAUCGCCCUGGAUGCGUUCAGUCAUUGAGAGUUCGAGCGGUGUACGGUAGCCAUCUUGGAUUCGAACAAAGCUUCAGAUGUGUAGAUUGACUGUUUAUCAAUAAUUUUAGUGCAUUUCCCUGUAAAUAGUUUGUAUGUUUAGGAUAUGUACGGAACGUUCGUCCACAUGUGUAAAUAGCUAUGGCUGCGACAAGGAAACUCCAAGGUGAAAUAGAUAGGUGUUUAAAAAAGGUCACAGAAGGUGUGGAGACGUUUGAAGACAUCUGGCAGAAGGUGCACAAUGCGACGAACAGUAAUCAGAAGGAGAAAUAUGAGGCAGAUCUCAAGAAGGAAAUUAAAAAACUCCAGAGGCUACGGGAUCAGAUCAAAUCGUGGAUCGCAUCUGGAGAAAUUAAGGAUAAGAGUACACUUUUAGAAUAUAGGAAACUAAUAGAAACACAAAUGGAAAGGUUCAAAGUUGUCGAGAGAGAAACAAAGACAAAGGCAUAUUCAAAGGAAGGAUUAGGAGCUGCUCAAAAACUUGACCCGGCGCAGAAGGAGCGAGAGGAGAUGUCAUCAUGGCUCAUAUCCUCUAUUGACGCACUUAAUUUACAAAUUGAUCUCUUCGAAUCGGAAGUGGAGUCACUAUUAGUGGGUAAAAAGAAACGAUUGGACAAGGAGAAACAGGACAGGAUGGAGGAAUUAAAAUUGAAACUCGAGAGGCAUAGGUAUCACAUAAAGAAACUGGAAACGUUGUUAAGGAUGCUCGACAACAUGUCCGUCGAAGUUGAACAGGCAUCCAUAACUUCCCAGAUAAAGAACAUUCGAGAGGACGUCGAGUACUACAUCGUGUCGUCCCUAGAGCCCGGUUAUGAGGAGAACGAAUACAUAUACGAGGACAUUAAUGGCUUGGAGGAAGUGGAAUUGAGCGGAGCUGGUGUACCCUCAUCGGCAACGACGGAUAGUAACAAUAGUAAUGACUCACCUGGAUCACCGACAAGCAUGCUGUCAGGCACGAGUCCGCCCACAUCGCCCGCGCUAGACCUACACAACCACACGUCAGACUCCGUAGACAUCAUAGACAAGAAGAAGAAGGACGACGUAAGUAAACCGGUCAAGCCGCUACCGCUCCGUGCGGUGUCGUGCGGCGCGGCCCCUAGUCCGGCUAACCUUACCGCGCUCAAUCACUCCGCCACAAACAAUAGUAUAAACAACAGUACGGGAGCGUCAGGCACGUCGACGCCGAUCAAACCGCCCGCGCCCAGUUCUCCGCACCAGCGGCCUAAUAAUACGGAAGUGUUGGAAAAUGGUCCAGUGUCGAACACGCCCGUACACACGGCGACACACCUACCGCCGCCCACAAUACCAGCCCCUACGUCAAAAAGUUCGUCCGCGACGACGUUAUCGAACGCGAUCGCGAACCCCAACCCGAACGCGAGCACGAACGCGAGCGUGAACGCGAACCCCAGCGUGAACGUGAACGCGAACGCGAGCGUGAACUCGAACGCGAGCGUGAACUCGAGCGUGAGCGCGAGCGUGAACACGAGCGCGCGGAGCGUGACGCCGUCGCCCCCGUCGCCGCUCGCGGUCAACGGGCCCGUGCACAAUGCGCACCACACGCCACAGCAUAUGUUGAAUAACGGCAGAGUGAGCGAAACGCCGAGCACGCCGGCGCUGAGCGCGGCGAGCGGCGUGAGCGCGGCGAGCGGCGCGGGCGCGGGCAACCCGGCGGCCGGCCCCGAGCGGCCCACCACCGCGUCGCUCAAGAGCAUGGCGCAGGAAGCCGUGCACCGCGCGGGGCUCGACGCGCACCACACGCAGAACACAAGAAGAGGUGUCCCCCUAUCUCAGGCGCACAUCCCACCGUUAUUAGGAGUCGCGCCGCUGGGGCCCCUGCCGCUUAACUCGGUACGUGAGCACCAAGUGCAGUUCCAGAUGAUGGAGGCGGCGUUCUACCACAUGCCGCAUCCAUCAGACUCGGAGCGCACGAGGGUGUACCUGCCAAGGAACAUUUGUCAGACGCCCGCGUAUUAUAAUCAGGUGCUCUUACCCCACUCGGACACGGUGGAGUUCUUCCAACGUCUCUCAACGGAAACGCUAUUCUUCGUGUUCUACUACAUGGAGGGCACGAAGGCGCAGUACCUCGCGGCGAAAGCGCUGAAGAAGCAGAGCUGGCGGUUCCACACCAAGUACAUGAUGUGGUUCCAGAGGCACGAGGAGCCAAAGGUUAUCAAUGAGGAGUAUGAGCAGGGCACAUACAUAUACUUUGACUACGAGAAGUGGGGCCAGCGCAAGAAGGAGGGCUUCACGUUCGAGUACAAGUACUUAGAGGACCGCGACCUGAACUGAAGCGCCUCCGCCCGCGCCGGGCUCGCGGACUCAGUGCUAGUGUGUGCCACAGUGUGUGUCACAGUGUGCCACAGUGUGUGUCGCAGUGCCACAGUGUGCACAGUGCGUGCUACAGUGCUAGUGUUAGUGUCAGUGACAGUGUGUGAGCGAUAUCCGUGAGCCGCGCGGCCACCGACGCACCCAUCCUCGUGGCAUUCCAUUGUAAGUAUUAACCGUUCCCGCUUAUUUCUGUGAUGAAACCGACGCGUUCGACACUUUUGUAUGUAGAGAGAGUGCGCAUAUUAAUUUAUUCCGUUCGAUGUGACGCGCUCCGGCCGACGCCGGACGCCACUUUUGUAAAAUAUCUUUUCGCUCUUCUGGCAGUUUGUAAUGUUGUACAGUAGAGUAACGAAUUUGUAAGCGAUCGAAAUUGUGAAUCAUUAUGAUGAGACUCAAUAAGUAUAAUAAAACAUGUGAUAUCGGUUUAGGGCCCUCAGCGCACUCGGAAACCACGGUUUUUUCAACUUUAUUGGACAUCAAUCUAUGUCGGAAUAUAUAUUAUAUUAAUCGUGCUUUACUGAAUCUCAUUUACUUCUAAAAGAUUUGUCAGUUACAUUAUUUACAUUGUAAUUGUUUACGGAAAAUUCUCAUAGUGUAAAUCAAUCAAUAAAGUAAGCAAGUGUCUAUUAAGAUAUGUAUCGA